AGCUGAUGAGCAUACACACUCCACAUAUUUCAUCUACGUACCUAUCAUCUGCAUGUAGGUAGGCUACUUGACCAAUCUUGAUUCUGCUUCUACACCAGAUGUUGAAUCCUGCAGUUUCAUUUCCCAAAAAGUAAAACGAGGAGAUUGGAAAAGAAACUAUCUUGAAAAGCUUUUGGUUACUCAAUCGAAAGAAUUGCGCUUCUAUCAAUUCAUAAUGGCUGGCCUCGUAGCCUACGAGAGCAGUGAUGAGGAAGAAGAGGUGAAGCCUCAACCUGCACAGCCCGCACCAGAGCCAUUGCGGAGGACUGAAGCGGACACAGCUGACACAGACAGCAUACAAGACACUACUACAAAAGAAACUCUCAAGGGCUCACAACCUGACAUAAAAUUAGACGAAAAACAUUCCAUUUAUGGGCCACAAUUAGGGCCUACUUCAGGACCCAGCUUCCCACCAUUGGAAGAAGACCCAACAGCUGUAGAACUACAGCUACCCCCAGGAUCUCCAUAUACGGCGACGCGUGCGCUGUUGCGUGACCUCACGCUACCCACGGUGCCGGACAUGGACAUCCCACCUUCGCCGCCUGGAUCACCUUCUGCAGUCACGAGCAAGAAGUUUGAGAACUUCCUUGAGCUGAAGAAGAAGGGGGUGCAUUUCAACUCACGAUUAGCUGACAACACAUCAAUGAAGAACCCAGCACUUGCGGAUAAGCUCCUGGCGUUCGUCGAGCUUGAUAAUCGCGAUCAGUAUCGUACCACGCUACCUGUCGACCUCUGGGACCCGGAUAUGUUCCCUAGACAUGCGUAUAAGGAGCAACUGCGUCAAAGCCAGAGUGAAAGCGCGCAGGCGAAAGCGAGGCCAACGGGUGCACCUGUCAAGUUUGUACCAUCGGAAACGUCCACAAAAGAUAGUAAAACGCCUCAGCCACCGAGCACAGGGACACGGAAGACAAGAUUUGACGCGUGAGGGAUGGAUAGACGAUUGGAUCCUGGACAGUAUCCACCACAGUUGAAAUGACAUAACUAGCCUAUGCUUGUCGAAGA